AUGCUUCGGUCUUCACGACCACGGAACCGACGGCUUCCACCGAGUGACCCAUCGUGGCAGCGGCCGCCAUGCUUCGGUCUUCACGACCACGGAACCGACGGCUUCCACCGAGACAUUGUGAAGCAGCAGAUGGCCGACAGCUACCCCUUCCUCACCGUGGACGGGUCGAUGGAGAAGGCGAACUUGAAUGCGGCCGACAACUCCAUCACCGCGGACUCGUUGUCGUUCGCCGAGGCGAGGAACUGGUUGCACAACGCCCGCAGGGCUUUGGGGUCGGCUGACACCACCGCGACCGAUGUCGCCACCAUGGCGGAAGUCCAUCCGGCCCUGGAGAGCGAGUUGACCAACCGGA